AUGUCUCUGUAUCCAGGAGAAGAAGGCGACGUCAAAGCGAUCAUCUCCGGCCAGCAUUUCCGCAUCAUCACCACCCUAAAACACACGCUCUUCAACGCCCAAGACGCCGACAGCGACUCGGACUCGGCGGAUGCCUACGCUCUCAUACGACGGUGGAAAGACAUCCGCGCGAAUCUCUUCGCGCUGCAUAGGCGGCGUCUGCGCGAGGCUGCCGAAGCGGUCGGCUGGGCAGAUGUUGCGACGCGGCUCGCGGCCUCCCCGGCCGACGGUGCCAUAGCGAGCGGGCAAGUGAAUGGAGAGUCUCUAUUAAUGCCAGAGGUCGCCAACCCUAUCAGUCUAGAACAACUCGUCGAGGACGCCGCUGCUAGAUCCCAAACGACUGCGGGCCCCUCUUUUCAAGGCCCCAAGGCAGGGUAUCUACGAGACCUCCGGGUCCGCGUCCUGAUGUCCCGUGCUGGGGAGGUGACUGUCGAGUGCACGGCCAUGGGCGAGGAUCGACCUCUUUCGACGCUCACGCGACUCGUUGACAUGUACGCAUCGUGCCCAUUUACGCCGACUGUCGCCGGACAAGUAGAACAAGCGGCAAUAGCAGCAUUACCACCACCAUGCCAGGUCACAAUCGACGCCCAACCCACACACACAUCUUUGUUUACACGGCACAAGACCAACCACCGGAGGCCGUACGACGACGCCCGCGCGCGCGCCGAGCUCCUCCCGACCACGCCACCCACGGCGAGAGAAGUCCUCCUGUCCAACACCGAGGGCCAGGUCACCGAGGCGUCCCUGUCGGCGGUGUAUUUUUUCCGUAACGGCACCUGGCGGACUCCGCGGUCCGACGACGGCGGCGCCAUGCUGUCCGUGACCAGACUCUAUGCGCUAGAGGCGGGCUGGUGCGAUGAGGGAACUGUUCUUGUCCGCGAGGUCGAGGACGGGGAGGUGGUGUGGUUGAGUAAUGCGGUUAGAGGCUUCUUCCCUGGCGUGGUGAGGCUGCAUGGCCAAAGGGGACGUGAAGACACUUGA